AAGUGAUGCAAUCAGUUUAGGGUGAGAACAGUCCAAUUAUUGUUUGAAGUUUGAAAAUACAUCAAGCUCAGUAAAGUGUAACUGAGAUUCAGAUCAUGACCAUGCCAAGGAGACUGCAGAUGCAAUGAAACCAUUAACAAAUACCUUUCAAACCUGGUGGAGAGGAGUCUGAGGGAUCUUGAAUGUUCCUACUGCAGUGAAAUAAAGGAGUGACUAUCCUUCAGGACGAGUGCACCAUAGAGCCCCUGAUGUACGGCCACAUCACAUCCUACUAUUACCUGAAACACCAGACCAUCCGCAUGUUCAAAGAGUGACUGAAGCCAGAGCUACCCAUUGCAGAGAUGCUGGCCUUCGUGAUGGUGAUGCUGGACGUGGUGUCUAAUGAAGACUGGCUGGUGUCCACUCUUGGCAUUUGUAACCUCGUACAGAUGAUCAUUCAAGGCAGAUGUGUCCAGGAUUCCUCUCUGUUCACAUUCCCCCACAUUGAAAAACAGGACUUCUACAUCUUCAGGAGGUGGAGCUUCAAAGAAGCAUGGGGCGGAGGCGGCUUUCAAGGACCAAUUGCAGGGCUUCCUGAGCUAAUAACCACCUGCCAUGGUAAAGAGGAGAAUUUCACUUUGAUGGUGAAGGAAGUGAUUCAACCCAACCAGAUCUCUCAGGUGUGUCUUCUUUACAUGCGCAGCUUUCAAAUUAAACAAAGUUUACAUGUCAGCAUCAGUAUAGAGUGAAAAAAUAGCAUACAUUUUUUCCAUAGGGAUAUUUUUAUUUAUAAUUUUUUUUUAUUGGGAUUAUUCUCCCUUUUUCAACCAAUUUGGAAUGGUCAAUUCCCAAUGCGCUUUUAAGUCCUCGUGGUGGCUUAGUGACUGCCUCAAUCCGGGUGGCGGAGGAUGAAUCCCAGCUGCCUCCGCAUCUGAGACCAUCAACACACGCAUCUUAUAACGUGGCUUGUUGAGCGCGUUGCCACGGAGACAGCACGUGUGGAGGCUUCACGCCAUCCACUGCAGCAUCCACGCUCAACUCACCACGCACCCCACCGAGAACAAACCACAAUAUAGCGACCACGAUGAGGUUACCCCAUGUGACUCUACCCUCCCUAGCAGCCAGGCCAAUUUGGUUGCUUAGGAAACCUGGCUGGAGUCACUCAUCACACCCUGGGAUUCGAAUUACCAGGCCCUCAAAAUAGUUAUGUUUUAACUUAUUAUUAUUUAGUUUAUUUUUAUAAUUAUUUCGUAAAUUUCUGGCAACCACAGCUGCCCAUUUUACUAUAAAUAAAAUAAAAAAUGUAACUAUAUAUUAAAAUAAACUAAACAAACAAAAAUUGUGGUAACAUUUAAUUCAUGCAUUCAUUCUGAAUAAGAAAUGGCUUUCAGUUCCCAUCCAUACUGAAAUGCAAGAGUCGAUGUAUCAUCCCUUAACAACAUAAACAUUCAAAUAAAUGCCAAUUCUACACACAUUAGGCUGUACCCACUCACACACGCACUGAUUCACGAGCAUGAUUUGCAGAAAGCAGCAGACAGUCACGGUGGUAUCAGAUAGCACCAAGAUCCCCAAUUACCUCCCAAAUGAGAGGGUUUAGAGCUCCAAUCUAAGUGCUAAUUGCAGCGGUAAUGCGAGCGUCCGAGCCCAGCGAUGAGCCCAGCGGCCGUUCCCCAUCCGUAUUCCAGCAAACCCCCCUUCCUCUUUCCCCUGCUAAUUAAAUAAGCACAUGCACUGCUGUGUCCUCAUCUCAUUCACUAAGGAAUCGUAAUCCUUGCAUAAAUAACUGUGCCAGGAUGAUCUAUACAGAUUUUUUUCUAUACUCCCAUGACUCUAAUACUGACAGAUCCACAUCAAGCAAACCCCAUCAUCGCUCUUUGCUGCACACACAAACAUGUUCUCGUAUUUGUCAUAUUACUUAUGUUUUAUUCUAUUAGAGUUGUUAAAUUUAAC